GCGCCGCCUCGCCUGCCGCGCCCGCCUCGGGGGUGCAGCGGCGGCUCUGCGGCUCCCGCGCGCCGCCCCGGGCAGCCCAGCGACGCUGGGCUCGGGCCUCUCCACUCGCCUCGGCUGGGGAGCCUUCCCCCUCACCCCUAAAGUUUCUGGGUUCUUUGGAAUUUUUGGAUUCAGAAAUCUUUUUUUCCCUUUUUUUUCCACCUAGGAAUUUGAGGGGAGAACUUUUGACAAAUCGAUCGCACUUUCUCUCGGAUAGCUCUUACGAGAGAGGCUCCCGCUGGACAAAGUUUUCCAAAGUUUUCCGAGUGUGAUGGUUUCGGGGAGAGCUAAUCCAUCAGCUUGAUUCACGGCUUCAUCUCACCACCCCUCGAGCAGCCCCUAAACCCGCUAUAAGGGAACAAACAAACAAACAAACAAACAAAGUUACACUCCGAGUCGCCUCGUGUCUCCUCUCUCUUCUUGUAGGCAAUUUUUUUCCUCCUCUCUCCGCUCCCCUCGCAGCCUCCAGUCCCCUUCUCUCGGCCCCUUCCCUCGGCCCCUUCCUCCUUCUCUGUUUCGGCUGGAGGUGCCAGGACCCCCGGCCGCAGCCUCCCCUCCCCCGCCGCUCGCGUCCCUUCUCAUCCGGCCCUCCCCUCCCCCGCUGCGGACGGCACAGCCAAUCCCCCGAGCGGCCGCCAACAUGCUCUUUGAGGGCUUGGAGCUGGUGUCGGCGCUGGCCACCCUCGCCGCGUGCCUGGUGUCGGUGACGCUGCUGCUGGCCGUGUCGCAGCAGCUGUGGCAGCUGCGCUGGGCUGCCACCCGCGACAAGAGCUGCAAGCUGCCCAUCCCCAAAGGCUCCAUGGGCUUCCCGCUCAUCGGAGAGACCGGCCACUGGUUGCUACAGGGUUCCGGCUUCCAGUCGUCGCGGAGGGAAAAGUAUGGCAACGUGUUCAAAACGCACUUGCUGGGGCGGCCGCUGAUCCGCGUGACAGGCGCAGAAAACGUGCGCAAGAUCCUCAUGGGCGAGCACCACCUGGUGAGCACCGAGUGGCCACGCAGCACGCGCAUGCUGCUGGGCCCGAACACGGUGGCUAACUCCAUCGGGGACAUCCACCGCAAUAAGCGCAAGGUCUUAUCCAAGGUCUUCAGUCACGAGGCCCUGCAGAGCUACCUGCCCAAGAUCCAGCUGGUGAUCCAGGACACGCUUCGUGCCUGGAGCAGCCACCCGGAGGCCAUCAACGUGUACCAGGAGACACAGAAGCUCACCUUCCGCAUGGCCAUCCGGGUGUUGCUGGGCUUCAGCAUCCCAGAAGAGGACCUGGGCCAUCUCUUCGAAGUCUACCAGCAGUUUGUGGAGAAUGUCUUCUCCCUGCCCGUCGACUUGCCCUUCACCGGUUACCGGCGGGGCAUUCAGGCACGGCAGAUCCUGCAGAAGGGACUGGAAAAGGCGAUCCGGGAGAAGCUUCAGUGCACCCAGGGCAAGGACUACUCGGAUGCCCUGGACAUCCUCAUCGAGAGCAGCAAGGAGCACGGCAAGGAGAUGACCAUGCAGGAGCUGAAGGACGGGACCCUGGAGCUGAUCUUCGCAGCCUAUGCCACCACGGCCAGCGCCAGCACGUCCCUCAUCAUGCAGCUGCUGAAGCACCCCGCCGUGCUGGAGAAGCUGCGCGAGGAGCUGCGGGCCCAGGGCAUCCUGCACAGCGGCGGCUGCCCUUGCGAGGGCACGCUGCGCCUCGACACUCUCAGCGGGCUCCAUUACCUGGACUGCGUCAUCAAGGAGGUCAUGCGCCUGUUCACACCCAUUUCCGGAGGCUACCGGACGGUGCUGCAGACCUUUGAGCUCGAUGGUUUCCAGAUCCCCAAAGGCUGGAGCGUCAUGUAUAGCAUCCGGGACACCCAUGACACGGCGCCCGUGUUCAAAGACGUGAACGUGUUCGACCCGGAUCGCUUCGGUCAGGCCCGGAGUGAAGAUAAGGAUGGCCGCUUCCAUUACCUCCCGUUCGGCGGUGGAGUCCGCACCUGCCUGGGCAAACACCUGGCCAAGCUGUUCCUGAAGGUGCUGGCGGUGGAGCUGGCCAGCACGAGCCGCUUUGAGCUGGCUACCCGGACCUUUCCCCGCAUCACCCUGGUCCCUGUCCUGCACCCUGUGGAUGGCCUCAGCGUCAAGUUCUUUGGCCUGGACUCUAACCAGAACAAGAUCCUGCCAGAGACAGAGGCCAUGCUGAGUGCCACAGUCUAAAGGCGCCUAGCCCGUACCCCCACCUCAGCCCAGCCAGGCCUGGGGCGUGGCGGGGGUGGUGAGAGGCACCAGAAGGGUCGAAACCUGUGUGGGGGAGGGG